UUUCUUAUUCUAAGUAUGGUGUCACUCAUGUGUUUAGAUGCUCGGGCGGAUUUAUUUCGCAAAAUCACAGCAAGUGCAAGACAUUUUUAUUGCGUGUAAUAUAACGUAUGAACUACAACCUUCUGUGCAAUACUUAGAAUUUUGCUUGUGCAAACCAGAAAGUGAGGAAACUGUUAACUUCUUCAAAAUAACUCUGCAUUUUCCUCCACGGGCGUAGUCUUUCUGCGCCUGACGAAAGAAAACGAAAGGAAGAAACGCACGAGUGUGCGCACAUUUAGAAAAAGCUGUUCAGGUGGAUCUGCUUCGUUUUUAGUUUCCUUCUGAGGGUUUUGUACGCUUGGUAAAAACACUAUGUUUUUCUUCAUCUUUAUUGCGUGGAUAGGAAAGCCUGUGAGCACUUCCUGUCCGUUAGAAAUAAGCCCUCCUAGUGUUGUGGUAAGGUUUGGAGACUCCUUAUCAGCAAACUGCACCUCACUAUCUAACCAGCCCGAUGGAAUGGGAUGGGAGUCUCCAUAUGGAGGAGUGGACCUUACUGAGGGUGUCACUUCUCUUCUGUUAAGAAUUGACUCUAUGCCAGUGUGGGAGAUAGAGCCAAUGUGUUAUGUGAAUUCCCGUGAUGGUGAUCAGUGUACAAAAGUGUUACCAGUCACUGUUUAUAAAAUGCCAGACAGUGUGUCUCUGAAGAAUUUAAGUGCAGUGGUGGAAGGCCACCAGUUUGCCAUACAGUGUGACAUUGUUAAUGUUGCACCAGCAAGAAAUCUCUCUGUGCUUUGGCACAAAGGAAAUAAGAUCUUGUCUUCGCAGAUAUUUAAUGAGUCCAUUUUAUCUAAUGUCAGUAAGUCAUCUGUCCUCACUCUGACUGCUCAUAGAGAUGAUGAUGCAGCUGAGAUCUGGUGUGAAGCAAAACUAAACCUGUGGCCAGAGGAACAAGGUCCUCCUCCAGUGCGUUCAGAGGCGCAUAUUCUGACUGUACUCUACCCACCAACCUUUAUCAGCGCUUCAGAUGAGACUCUGGACUUGCCAGCUGGUAAAAACAUUUUAAGUUGCAAUGCAACAGGAAACCCUUUGCCAUCAUACCACUGGCAAUUCCCACAAGCAGCACAAGAGACAUACAAGGAUCAGGACGUGAAUUAUCCUAUUUUGACUGGACCAUUUGAGUUUCCAGGGGUCUAUACUUGCACCGCCUCAAACUCCCAGGGUACUGUGACUAAAUACUUCACAGUCAACAAACCUCCAGGUAUUGGUCCCGGGGCCAUUGCUGCGAUUGCAAUUGCUGCAAUUGUUUUUGUUAUCUGUACUUUGGGAGUGAUUCAUCGCAAAUACAAAAGAUAAGAGAAUGUAUUUUCAAAGCCAAAAAAUUUGCUCUGUGCCAUGUUUGAAUCCUCAAAGUUUUUUAGCUACAUUCUUAAAUGUAUUAAAAACAUGAGGACUGGUAAAGCUCAAAUAGCAUGUUUUGUUUUAGCAAUUUGUAUCCAUACAUUUUUUUUAUGGAAACAUGAUUGUAAUUAUCAACUGUAACGUCUGUAUUUUUUUCUUCUUUCGAUGUUUUAGUGUUUUACUUUUUUGACACCAUAAGGCCUAUCUUUUCAAAUGCAGGCUUCAUUUGUCAAGCUCACUGUGAUUCACUGUGUAGUGCUAAUAUAAAGAAAAGUUGGGACAAAGAUCGCAUCAACAUAAACCUUUCAAGUAUUUAACCGCUUAAAAUCCCCAUCAGUAUUAGUAUGUCCUCACUAAUGCACGCUACAGUUUUUAGGUAUAAUCUCCUGAAAACAAGAUUAGUAACUUUUUGCAGCAUUGCUCACUUGCCACAUGUUGUCUUUUGUCAAUUUAUUUUUGAUCUGAAAUCCAGUUUUACAAGUGUGCACACAUUAAAUCAAAAAUAAAGUUGAUAAUAAGUGU